GAUAAUGGAAGGGGAUACGUAUCAAACACACGAUGUUUGUAUUUAACAAUCUUACACCUGCUUGUUUCCUUUCACGAAAGCAAAGCAGGUUUCCCCAAACAACAUAGGAAAAGAAAUAAUUAUGUUGCAGAGACCAGGACGACGGUGCGAGGGCACGGCCAUGGGUGCCAUCGUUCUCGAUCUUCGACCCGGUUUCGGUAUCGGACCCUUCACUCUCGGAAUGCCGAUAUGCGAAGCAUUUGCUCAGAUAGAACAGCAGCCUACGAUUUACGAUGUUGUCCAUGUGAAGUACUUUGAUGAGGAGCCGUUGAAAUUGGAUAUUGUUAUCAGCUUUCCAGAUCAUGGUUUUCAUCUUCGUUUUGAUCCGUGGUCCCAGAGACUACGACUUAUUGAGAUUUUUGAUGUAAAACGGCUUCAAAUGCGCUAUGCAACUUCUUUGAUUGGGGGACCAUCCACGCUAGCUACUUUUGUAGCGGUAUAUGCACUUUUUGGGCCAACCUUUCCUGGAAUUUACGAUAAAGAAAGAGGUGUUUACACUCUAUUUUACCCAGGCCUGUCCUUUGCUUUUCCAAUUCCUAGCCAGUAUACAGAUUGCUGCCAUGAUAGGGAAGCGGAAUUGCCAUUAGAGUUUCCAGAUGGUACUACACCAGUUACAUGUCGUGUCUCCAUAUAUGAUGGUUCUACUGAGAAAAAAGUUGGCGUAGGAUCCUUAAUGGACAAGGCUUCUGCUCCUUCAUUACCUGUUGGCAGCCUUUACAUGGAGGAGGUGCAUGUUAAGCUUGGAGAAGAAUUAUACUUCACCGUUGGUGGCCAGCAUAUUCCUUUUGGUGCAUCUCCACAAGAUGUCUGGACUGAAUUAGGUCGUCCUUGUGGAAUUCAUCAAAAGCAGGUUGACCAAAUGGUUAUUCACUCUGCAUCAGACCCUCGUCCCCGGACUACACUUUGUGGUGAUUAUUUCUACAACUAUUUUACCCGUGGUCUGGACAUCUUAUUCGAUGGACAGACUCAUAAGAUCAAGAAGUUUGUUUUGCAUACAAACUAUCCUGGUCAUGCAGAUUUCAAUUCAUAUAUAAAGUGCAAUUUUGUUAUCUUUGGUUCAGACCUUGAGGGGUCUUUUGAUGAAGUAAAUAGUGGUGGACACAGGAUUACACCAAGCACCAAGUGGGAGCAAGUGAAGGAAAUCCUUGGCGACUGUGGGCGAGCCGCCAUCCAAACACAAGGCUCUACCAGCAAUCCUUUCGGAUCUACAUUGGUAUAUGGUUAUCAAAAUGUUGCCUUUGAGCAGGUGAUGAAGAAUGGCUAUAUUGCGACUGUAACUCUUUUCCAGUCAUAAUUAUAAAAUAUGGUUGUCUGAACUGGAUGCUAGUAACAUCACAGGGAGUAGGUGAUUCUCUUUGUAAAGAGAACCAUGGCACGGACACUGAUAAUUGUACAGUCAUGUAUAAAAAUAUGUACAGAUAAUAGAAACCUGUUUAUCAUCAUUAUGUGAUGUUACGAUGACAGUUGACUUGUGUAUGUCUUUAUAAUUGUUGAAAGAUGCCUGCAUUUUGUUUCUCCAAA